AUGAGCCCCGGAAGCGUGUUGUCCGACUACAUCCUCUAUCUUUUUGUUUUCUUACCACGAGCCACUACUGGCUUAGUGGCCCGCGCCCUGCCGUGGGGCCGCCCAAAGGCGGCCCAGCGCCUGGGAACCGCGUUGAGCACUGCGCUCGUGUUGGGCACAGUCCUUACCGCGGUGUAUGUUUUUGCUACCCCUUUACUCUUGAAUCUCUUGGAUGUGGCCCCAGAGCUCAGGCCUGGGGCAGGGACCUAUGUCCGCGUUCGUGGCUUGGUAGCCUGGGCAGCGCUGAUGCAAAGCGUGGCCUUGUCGGGGCUGCUGGCGGCCAAAGAUAGCCUCACGCCUCUCAAGGUGGUCCUUUUUGCUGCCCUCCUGAACCUGCUGGGGGACUUCUUCUUAUGCGCGUGGCCCUUCCACUGGGGAAUUUUCGGCGCCGCGCUGGCCACGAGCAUCUCCACCCUGAUGGGCUUCCGGAUGAUGUGGCGCGCCCUGCGCAGGAAUCGCCUGAUGCCGGGGCAUUUGUCGAUGCCAAAACGCGAAGAGCUGCAACCGCUCUUGGAGUAUGCGAAGCCCCUUUCAGUGGUGAUCCUCUUCAGGUUCAUGAGCCUCACCUUCAUGGCCAAGUGCGCGGGCAUGAUGGGCACAGCCGUGACGGCGGCCUAUCAGGUGUGCGGUGGAACCAGAAGGAUCCAGAAGAGAACUCCUGUGAUACUGACGAACGUAUUCAACCCGAAUACAAAACAAUCAUGUGAGGAUUGA